AAUCCCAAAAUGGCCCACAUUGAUUGACACGUCAAAACACUUGUGCAGAGACACACGCUGCGUGCAUGCCUCGAGAUCACAUGUUUUUUUAAUCUCUAAUUUAGACCUUUUUAUGUCCCCUGGAAUGAAAUGUCGGACCCACGUCAGAGCACCCCACCCAACUUGACCGAGGGUUACCCGGUGACAAAUCUCACCCUGGUGGUUCUCCUGCUCAUCCCCGCCGUCGUCGUCCUGCUCCUCCUCAACUGCUUCUUCUUGGGCUACAAGCUGCUCCUCCUCUUCAAGAGGAACAGACAAAAGCGGGAGGACACGGAGGAGGUCCUGCUGCACAGAGUCUGCAGGAGAUCACCCGACGUGGAGGUCUUCCCUACGCGGAGGGCGUACAUGUCACUGUCCGAGCCCGCGCUGCCUCACCCGGUUACCUCCUCCAGGGCUUCGUCGAUGGACAGGGUAGGAGCGGAGCAGAGAAUACGGCUAUUGAGGCCGGAUGGGGCUACCGGGUCAGGGUCCCAGAGGGCGCCGAGUAGCAUACGGGCAUCCGGUGCGGGGAGGCUCGACCCGGCUUCCGGGUCACGGAGCACCAACAAGGCUGGGUGGCGUCACAGUGCGCCGGUGUUGCCCAUGCAGGCCAGUGACUCUGAGACCGAGGUCAGACUGCACCUGGUUCCGCCCAACUCUCCCACAGAAACGCAGCAUGCGGUCCAAGCCGGUCGCAGCAGCCCAUAUGGGAUGCUGACCGAGCUGAGCCCGGGCGUCAUGCACAUUUUUGACCAAGUGGACAUGGCGUGCGAGUACAUUGACCCGCCCUCAGAGAGAUCCUGCCUCAACACGUCAGCGGUGCAAGGUUCCGGCCUGGACAGCGACUUUGGUGCCAGUGCAGGUGUGUCCCUGAGGAUUCUGUCAGCAGACAGUGAUGGUUUGUCCAAUGGCGUGCUGGCUUCGGCGUUGGAGUGGGACUAUUACGACCCCUGUUAUGUCAAACAAAACAACGUGCCCAAACAUAAACACCACAGAACUGCCCUGCACUCCAGACAGUACUGGGUAUAAACAACAAAAAAGCCCAGAUGUUAGUAAUUUAAGUUUUAGUGUUUAUUUAUUCUUUAUUUUAUUCUAUUUAAAAAGCACUUGAUGUGGAGAUUAAGUUGGUCUCACUUCUCACGUACAAGUUUGAAAUAUUUUCAAUGCACUGAACACCGAUUUUGUUGCACUUCUCACUUAAAUAUGUUUACUUAUCACUCUUCCAAUGUUUUUCACAUUUCACAAUAGCCAAUUUCCACAAUGUUGUGUACGCUAAUAGACAUUUGAGUCAUUUUAAGAUCAUAAAUUCACUUUUAAAUAUGAUUUAAGGUUGCUUUUAACUUCUAAUGAGAUUAUGCAUGUUUUUUUGUCCAAUUCUGUGAG